AUGGGAGAAUCUUCACCUGAACAUUCACAACGCCUUGCUGAACAAAAUCAGAGAAACUCUCAGGUAUGCGCACGAGAGUCGAGUGUCGAACAUUCACAACGCCUUGCAAAACAAAAACUGAGAACCUCUGAGUUACGUGCACGAGAGUCGAGGCUGAAGCGUUCCCAACGUCUUCAUGAACAAAAUGUAAGGACCUCUGACUUACACGAACGAUUGUCGAGUGUCGAGCGUUCGCAACGCCUUGCCGUACAAAGCUUGAGAACCUCUGAGCUACGCGCUCAAGAGUCGAGGCUGGAGCGUUCCCAACGUCUUCAUGAACAAAAUGUAAGGGACCUCUGA